AUCCAUUUUGAAUAAUAUUAUGUCGGUUAUUUUUUUCUUUCGAGUUAUUACUGUACGGUGUACCUUUCUAAAAUGACAUUCCUUGUAUAAUCCAUAAUGGACCUUCUAAAGUGGAAAAAAGUAGAAAAUGAAGCAGGAUAUCCUUGUUACAUUGAUGAAGCUAGCGGCAAACAAAGUUAUAACCACCCUCAAUUUAGCAAAAUCUUGAAAACCUUGGACGAGUAUAAUGAUAUUAAGUAUAGUGCUUAUAGAAUAGCGUUUAAAAUAUUCGCUCUUCAACGGAGCCUUAAAGUUCCACCACUACGGAUAAGUUCUGGUGUCUUUGCUCGUCACCAGUUAAGUUUGUCUGAAACUAGUCUUUCUCUCGAUACCGCAGAGCUUGAAGCUGUACUCGCAGACAUUUAUUUUGCAGCGGAAAAAGAAGGGCUGUUUACUGGUGAUGUGGAUUUAUCUGUGGAUCUGUUAAUUAACCUAUUACUUAAUGUUUAUGAUGGAGAGAGAAAAUCACCAAUCCGUGUUCUAGCAGCCAAGACUUUAUUAAUAUUACUUAGUGAGGAUUCAAUAUCAGAGAAAUGGUUGGCAUUAGCAAAUUGUUGUGCUGAUCAUAAUGGUUGUGUGUCACGGAAGAGACUUGCCGCUUUAUUGAUACAUGUCACAGCAUUACCUAAAUACCUCGGCUGCCAAUGUGAUUAUUUAGAAACUGAUGUGGAUAACUGCUUUGAAAAGAGUGCUGGUAUGCUUGGAAUAAGUGCUCACACAGUGGCUGAGUGGGGGGCUCACUGUGGUAGCACAAGGUGGCUGGGGGUGGUGCAGCGUGUGCUGGACAGUAGAAACUGUGCUACGGCUAGCGCUGCGUGCGCUAUCUGUGCACAGCCCCUGAUACAGGUAUUAAAAUUCAGAUGUUCAAAAUGUCACAACAUAUACUUCUGUGAGAAGUGCUAUCUUUAUGGCAAAGAUUUGACAGUUGUAUCUGGACAUAAGAAAACUCACUCGAUUCAUGAAAUUAUUGAUGGGGAGAUCAAACCUCCAGAACACUUAGGUUUCAUUGAAGGUAUGAGUAGAUUUGUAGAAGAUAUGGAAAGAUUAUUUUUAUGUAUGGGAACUAAAAAGAAGAAGCCAAACAGGCGAGGUCAAGAGAGAAAUGACAUACUAACAAGCCAAUCCAUCAAAACAAAGGAAGUGACGCCGAGUAUGUUUACCUCAACUGUGGGAAAGGCUUCCGGGAAUAAGGCUAACAAUCCAGUGGUCACACUGCAAGAUAUUAUAACACAGUUGGAAAAUCAAAAUAAGGCCUUAAUGGAACUAUCAGGCCAAUUGCAAGAUGGAGGGAAGGAUACAAAUAACGAACUGAAAGAAAGGGUAGAUGCACACUAUAGUCAAAUAUCUAAACAGAUUAACAGGUUGAAAAGUUUAAAGGACAAUAUAGCGAAUCCAGACUCGUCAAAUGAGUUAGUUGUAGAAAAAGACGUAUGGCCCAGAGCGUUCGAAAUUUUCAGUCCGAUCCCAGUUGCCGACAAACAUUCGAAGGUAACCAAAAAUUUAGACCAGAAAAAAAUUCUCAGUAUGGACUCAGAGAAUUUAAUGGCCACCUCAAAACAUCACAGCCAGGAUCUACUCACUAUGUCCGGGGAUUUUUGGAAACCUGUGGUCGGUCAUACGUCUGAUAGCGUUUCCACGGUGUCAAUGAAUGAUAUAAGCAAUUGGUACAAUGAGACUCAGCCGAGUCGUGUGGACAGUAUAUCUCGUACAGAACAACGUUACUUGUGUGACGCGCGCUCGGUACAGAAGGGUACAGAGCGGGUGAGAGAACUCAGCGCAGACAUCGACUCUGUGUUGGACAGGCUCCAGGAGAUAGUCACACAAACAUUCACUGUAGACGGUUCCUGCUUCGACAACGCACAACUAAAGAAAACGGCUCACGAAUUAGAGGGAUUACUGGGAACACUCAUACGUGGGGUCGAACAGCGCGCCACACUCAAGGCCACUAAGACUCUAGUUUAACUGUACUUGUUAUAAUUUAACGGCUACUUGACGUACUCAUUAAGUCUAAUAGUUAAACCACCGUUAGUCGCUGGUUCGAUUGAUUGAAUAUUAAAAUAUACAUGUACAUAUAAUUGAAUGUUAAUAUGAAAAUGAAUUGCUUACUUACAGUUGAUUGAGGAGUGUGAUCGUUAUAAUAUAUUUUUUUAUCACAAAAACAGCUACUUAAAUCAAGUAUAAGUCAGCGGUGGGUUGUUUUGACUGUAAUUUUUAUUUUAAUAUACUUUAUUUUUUAAGCUAUGUCACAGUAUAUGACGGGGGUAGAUUACGUAUACUGUAUAGUAUUUAUACCUCACUAUCAACAGUGAAAAAGUUCAGAAUGGUUUGUAAGUAGUUCACAUACAAUUCCGUCCCUAUGUGUUUGGUGCUCAAUCUAUAUGGAUCUGAUAGUUUUAAAUGAGAUACUUAAUAAAAAUAACAUGCCAUAUAUUUUAUAUAAAAAUUUACAUAGUGUUUAUUAAAUAUAAGUAUAAAUUACGUACGAUCUUAAUGUUAGUUCAUGUUUGGUUAAGCGUAAGUGGAGCAAGUUUACAGUUAUCGUAAUGGUGACAUUCCGUAGUGAAUAUUUUUUAAUUUUUUUUAAUAUAAAUAUUUCAGUUUGAAUCUACUAGAGUUCAUUGGCGGGAGCUGUUUAAUAUAUUGUCAUGGAUUUUUAUUACUUUCAUAGGAAAAUAUCAUUUUAUGUACAAUUAAUUUAUUUAAUUCGAUCAAAUAUUUCUUAGUAAUAUAUUUUAGAUAAGUUUGUCAGUCUUAACUUAAAAUGUCUGAGAAUCUAUUGCUCAUUAUUUCCUUUAAACUGUCUCGUAUCUUGACUUUCCGGAUUGUUCUAUGUAAAAUAUAUAUAAAAAAUAUAUUAUAUAAUUAUUGCACUUAAUAUUAAUGUAGUGUUAUUUUUUUUAUAUCUAUUAAGUAAAAAACAUUAUUCUAGAUGUCUUAUAAUUAAUAUAUAAGAACUAUAUGUUUUGAUAUUAAUUAUAUGUUAGCAAUUGGAUUGCUCGGCACAACCUAGAGUUAAUAAAUUUGACAAAGAUCUGUAUACAA